AUGAUUGUCGCUUACCACCCAUUUAUAUUCCGGGGUCUUAAGCUGAUUACCCCAGCAGACCCACAGCAGAAAUCGUUGAUCCGCCUAGUGCAAAACAACAUCAGCGUUUACAGCCCCCACACUGCAGUGGACAGCGCCAAGGGAGGCGUCAAUGACUUUUUGGCUGAAGGAAUCUCUCAAGACAGGAAAGUCAAGUCGCAAGAAGUGAUAGACCCAGAUGCAAACGAAGAAGGUUGCGGGAUGGGCCGCCUUGUGACUUUGGCAGAGCCAGUUCCACUUUCGCAGCUAGUUGACAAUGUCAAGCACAGUCUUGGGUUGAACCAUGUCCAAGUCGGUCUCGGCCGGAACCAAAACAAAAACCACCCAAUUAGCACCAUUGCCAUCUGUGCUGGGUCGGGCGGAUCGGUUUUCCGGGGAACUAAAGCAGAUCUCUACUACACGGGCGAAUUGUCCCAUCACGAGGCGCUUUACUUUACGGAAAUGGGCUCUUCUGUGAUUGCAUGCAAUCACUCCAACACCGAAAGAGCCUUUUUGAAAGUGUUGAAGGAGCAAUUACUUGGAGAGCUUCCGGACGCAGAGAUUUCCAUCAGUGAAAAUGACAAGGACCCCUACGAAACGUGGUGA